AUGCCACUGCUUCAGUUACCACCGGAGUUGCUUGUCAUCGUUGGCGAGCAUCUCACCCAUAAAUCAGACAUCAACAACGUGGCCCGCACCAACCGCUAUCUGCAUAGCCUUUUCGAACCGCUACUCUAUGGACGCGGAAAACAAGAUCUCACGACCACCACAUUACAAUUGAAUAUAUCUCACUGGGCUACGCUAUGUGGGAAUGUCAACACGCUUCACAAGCUUCUCAGGAAUGGAGCUCUAUUCCCAAGCAACGGGCUCGAUGCCAAGAGACUCGGUUGGCCUUCUCCUCAGUAUCACCCGAUAUUCACAGCUGUGAGGAAGGGCUACCUCGAAGUCGUCCGGUUCUUCCUCAACCAAGGCAUAGCAUCCGAUUGCCGUGGUCAUCAGGGUCUCCCGCUGUUGCACUUGGCCGCGUUCAACAAUAAUUACCCCAUUGUCGAAGAACUUCUUCAAAGAGGAGAAGAUGUCUCUAUUAAGGAUGAUAAUGGCAAAACCAUUUUUGACAGCCUCAAAACGGUGAACAUGAGUGCUGUAAUACCAACACUUCUGCAAAAGCCAGACGUCGGGAACUUUGCCAUGAGACGUGAGAUCGCAAAUGAGUUGGAAGAGGCUAUAUGGGAAUGGGACAUGGAAAAGGUUAACAUGUUAGUCGCAAAUGUGCCUUUUCUUGACUGGUUACUCGAAUUUGAUAAAAAUCCCUUGCACAUUGCAAUCGCCGCUGGGAACAUGAAAAUAUUCAACCUUCUGUGUGACACCGGCGCUCUUCCUUACGAUGAAUGGGUGCCGGACUACUUCUACUCCAAAAGAACCAACAGAUACUUAUUCGGCGAGCACACAUCUUUCAACAGAUACACGGGCUACAAAAGCAUGUACGCGGCUAGAAAGGAAGAUAUCAUCGGUACCUUGUACAAGUUCAAUCUAGACCGUCCUGAUAUGACAUUCUGGGCUAUCUUCGGUCACCAGUCUCUUUUCUGCGCAGCUUACUAUGGCCACAGAGAAAUGGCCGAGGCUGUGCUGGAUAGGUUUCCCGAGCUAGAGUCCAGCAUUCCUGACGCAAUGGUCAUAGCUGCUUUCAAUCGCUGCGCAGUGACGGCUUUAUCGCACGCGGGAUGUCAUGGAUGGCUUGAGCAGGCCCGACUUCUUCUUUCCGCCGGGGCAGAUAUCACCUUGGAGGAUGCAGAUGGAAAGACACCCAUAUGGUAUGCUGUCCAGGCGCGCAAGGCAACAGUGCUGGCUUUAUACCGGGAGCAUUCACCUACAGCUUUCAGAGCUUACGAAGUAAAAAACGGACUAGAGCCAGAGACCAGCAUGGAUCAUAACGCCCAUAAUCUCGGCCUCCUUUGGAAUAAGGCCACAAUGAUUUGCAUUUGGUGGGAGUAA